AACAGAUGUUCGCAGAAUGGCAUACCAACUUGCAGUUGCGAAUGGCAUCGAGCACAGAUUUUCUGAACACCUCGGGCAAGCAGGGAGGAAAUGGUUAAAGGCAUUUUUGAAAAGACAUUCAAACUUAACACUCAGAAAACCUACCGGGACAUCAUUCGCCAGAGUAGCAGGAUUCAACAAAGCAAAUGUUAAUGCAUUUUUCGAUCUUCUGGAAGCCGAAAUGGAGAAAGUCCAUUAUCCUGCAGAUAGGGUAUUCAAUGUUGACGAGACGGGUUUGACGGUGGUACAAUCAAGGUGCAGCGAAGUAAUUUCUUUAAAGGGUAAGCGACAAGUGGGAGCGCUAACAUCCGCUGAACGUGGUUCAUUAGUGACGGUUAUCAUGUGCAUGAAUGCUGCUGGUACAUUUAUACUACCAAUGAUAAUAUAUCCCAGAAAAAAUAUGAAUGUUCAGCUUCAAAAAGGAGCACCUCCAGGCUCUCUAUUCGCAUGCCAUCCAUCCGGAUGGAUCCAAACACAUUUGUUCACACAAUGGUUUCACCACUUUCUUACUAAAGUGAAACCAUCAAGGGAUGAACCGGCUCUUCUAAUUUUAGAUGGGCAUAACACACACACACUCGAAAUUUAG